CGUCCUGUGGCUCAGCACAGGAGGCUUAUGUAUUGUGAGUGUGAAUAGGCUUUAGGGGCAGUACAGGGGAUUAGCAUCAGAAUAGCGUGCGGGUGCUGGAAGGCCACAACUUCAUUUCUGUCGCUCUGCAACCCUCUCACCUCCACUCGCUGCUCCUCCAAAACCUCCGUCUGCCUCCGCUCACCUCUCUUCCUGCGCCGUCAUUGCUUCACUUUUACAAAUAUUCCUCGUUCUCAUCUUCCUCUGGAGGGAAACCAAUGACAACAUGCAGAAUAACCACACCUUCCUGUACUUUGCAUAUGGAAGUAACCUGUUGAAGGAGCGGCUCCAGCUCAAGAACCCCUCUGCCAUCAUGCACUGUGUUGCCAGGCUCAAGGAUUACAGACUAGUGUUUGGGAACCACAAAGGCCUCGCCAGUGACCGGUGGCACGGUGGUGUGGCCACCAUCGAACACAGUCCAGGAGAAGAGGUGUGGGGGGUGGUGUGGAGGAUGAACGUGUCCGACCUGGAGUCUCUAGACAGCCAAGAAAAUGUGACAUUAGGCGCGUACAGUCCGGUGGAGCUGUCGGUGAAGACUAAAGGCCAAGAGCUCAACUGUCGCACCUAUAUCAUGAACAGCUGUGUGUACGCUCCACCAUCUCCACAGUACAUGAAGGUGAUAGUGAUGGGAGCAGAGCAGAAUGGUUUACCAGUGGACUACCAGAAGAAGCUGCGAGCAAUUGAGACCAACACGUACGAUGGUUACCUACCGGUGAUGGCUGAACUGGAACGAGCCAGAAGAAGAAAUGCCAAAGAGAGGCCUGGUCUCCGCUCAGAUGCCUGACGACCAUCAGGAGGAAUCCAUGUCCACGUUUUACUAUAGGAAAGUCCUCAUGACACUGCUGAACAGCUUCACCACAGCUCGACGACUUGUACCAUGAAUAGUGAAUCCAGCACCGAUGGUCAAUCUUGAGUUCACACGGAUGAAAAUAUCAGAUGCAUUUUAAAAGUUGGACGGGACUUAAAUGAAACCAGUAUUUACUGUAUCAGUGAAAGGUUUGAAGACGCCUACUUAUUUAAGGAUGUUCUUAUUUUUACUCUUUUCUACUCUUUUGAACAAUGUUGAAAACAUCAAGACUUUGAAAAGCACUUGUGACGUUAUGUAGAGAGGAGAGAACAUGGUUCAUGACAGGCUGCAUGCAUCACCUUAGAGGCCUUUCACGGUGGUUUUGUAGAAGUUCUGAGAUCUGCUGAAAGAUUCACGUCACUCAUCCACAGCUGUCACAUCUAGUAGUUUGGAGAAAUCAAACCUCCAUGUCAACAUCACAGCAUUUACAUGUUAUCAGGAGAAACCGUCUGGGCAGGACGAUGGAGCAAACAUGAAACAUCAACGGGGUAAGAACAGAAAAGAUGGCACGUGAUCUUCUAGGGCAGGAAAGUCAAACUCAUGUUAGUGCAGGAAACACCUAAUAAUCUAUAAAUAGCAAAGAAGUACAUUAUUCAAUCAUUAAUAUUCAUUAAUAUCUGUAUCGCAACUGUACAGAAGAAUGAGAUGGAAUAAAAUUAUGCACUCAUGUCCUGCAUUAUUAAGUAUUUAUUUAGUGAUUUAUUCCGAACAUGCAAAUGAUAUGUGUAUA